AUGGGGGAGAACAUGAGUAAACCCUCCGUUGCGCCCUUUCAGGACGUCACCUUCUUCACCUCUUUCAAGCCCUAUAACCCUCCGUCCACCAAUAACAAAACACCCCCUCGACCCAGCAUCUUCUCCACGCUGAGACGGCCUCCAGUCACCAAGCCCAAUGAUUUCAUUUCUCUCUUCAGUGACUGCAUCACUGCUGCCUCAUCCCGAACUCAAGAGUACCUUCUCUUUAAGGAUCCUGAGGACAAGUUCCACCCCAACCCAGAGGUCAUCACUCAGAUCUUCCUAAUGACGUACAUCUCCCAGAGCGUCAACCUCAACUUGACGGACAUUUUUAACUGCACGACCAUGACCCCUGAGCAACGCGUCCUGUUGGGGGCCGACUGGGUGUGGGCUGUGUUGGAGAAGUCCACAAAGAACCCUCGAAUCCAGAUCGCUGUACAAGUAAUCCACCUGUCCGACAAGGAGGGCAGUGAAGAGGAUGGCGCUCUCCAGGAGACAUGCAGCGAAACUGUCCAAAUGGCCCAAAGGGAGUCCAGGGACAGGAACAUGUACGAGAGGAUGGUGGACUUCUGCACCUCUAUCGGCAAGGACUGCUACGCUCUGUUCUUGUUCUUAGGGAGGAAAAACGACAAGAGUAAUAUCUACGGCGUACUCAGCAACAACUUUGAGGCGGCCAUUGGGAAAUGCAACAAGAUCGACAGAGCUCUUCUCGAGAAUUUUUUCAAGGGAUCGCGGUACCUGCACACAGCGUCUGGAAUGAUGCAGUCCGUCGUCACCAGAAACGAGGGUGACCCUCUUACCCUCAUGAUUAAAUUCAGCUGA